CUGAGCCCGUCACGCCCCGGUGAUUCAGAGCUCAUAUGUCACAUCAUGGCUUUAUUGUGAGCCAAGACACAAAGUUAGAAACAACAAUGGGGACUCCGGAGUCUUCCUCGGGUGAAGACUGUCCUUUCUGCCUGAUAGCGGACAAUCAGACCGACACAGACAUCCUGCUCACAGAUGAUGAGCUGGUUUGUUUUCGUGACAUGAAGCCCGGCGCCACACAUCAUUACCUCGUUGUUACCAGGACGCACAUCGACAACUGCAAGAGCCUCAGAGGGGACGACAUACCUCUGGUGGAGCGGAUGGUAGAAAUGGGAAGAAGUGUACUCGAGAAGAAUAAAGUCAGCGACCUUGAUGACGUCAGGAUGGGGUUUCAUGUGCCUCCAUUCUCAUCUGUUCCCCACCUCCACCUCCACGCUCUGGCUCCAGCCAGUACGAUGAGCUUUAAGUCGCAGCUUCACUACGGACCGCAGUCUCACUGGUUCAUCACAGUAGACAAAGUGCUUUCUCAGUUGAAGACUCGUGGCAAAGUCAAAUGAAGCGAUUCCAAGAGUCUGAAGGUGCAACAGUCUUCUUUCAAGUUGACACUGUUAUUUAUUGUCAUUCUGCCUCACUGAGUGCAAUUUUAAACCAGUUUUCCAUCCGACUUGACAUGUUUCAUGUUAAUGAGUUAUGAUCAUGUGUAGUUCCUCCAAUGCUGUUUGUUGAUUCAGUUGUGAAGUAGAGAAAAACACUCUUUUAUGGUUGGAAGCCGCCUUUCCAAGAAUGUUUUUCUCAAACGUCCUAUCAUUGUGUAACUGAAUCGUCAAUGAGGAGAGAUUGUGAUCGUAGGAUUGUGUUAUGUAUUCAAAUACAAACCUUGAAGAUUAACUUAAAAAAGAAUAACGCAUAUAUUGAUAAAGUUUGACAAUAAUUUAAUUGUUCCUUUUUACUAUAUUAAGUCAGUAUUUAUCUGGAAGGACAAUUAUACUUUGCACAUUCAUGUUUAUAUGUUUGUUUGUGUAUAUGAAAUGGAUCGAGCUGCUUAUACCUUUAAUAUCUUUGUUAUAAACCGAUGCACUGGGGUACAGUCUUUCUUUUAAUAUUAAUAAAAGAUCUUCAGAAUCUA